UUUUUACUGAACGUUAGUGGGAUGUUUCUAUGACUGACCAAUAGGAAGCGCAGAAAUUACUGUGGCAAAACUUUUGAAAGUAGUUCCGGUAAUUGUUUGGAAAACGUUGUUUAUACUAUUUCCAUGUAGUUUUUGAGAGCCUUAAUCCUAGUUAAAAUGAGGCGAAAUAAGUUUUUUGUGGAAAAUGCUGAACUUUUUACACAGUUGGAAUUCAGUAAAAACAAAUUCGAACGUGAAUUGGACCGUAUUUGCAGAAAGUUAAAAGUAACAAAGAAGUUGAUGUCCGUGAUGCCCAUCAGAAAAAAACAGUCGUUUACCAGAACGUGAGGUUUGAUGAUCUUAUAGAACCAGACUGUGUACCAUCCCUUUGCACAGCUAUGAAUCCAGUACAUGAGUCCACGAAUACUGACAAUAAAAAGAGAAACUAUCCUACCUGUAUCUUUAAUGCAGAGCAUCAGCUGGAAGUUACUUGUAGGCCCUUCGCUUCUGGCUCUGGUUCAGCAUAUGUAUGUUCAUCAUACACAUCUAAUUCGGACUUCAAGUGCAGAACUGGUGACAGUUCUAUGGUAUCCAUUACGCCCUGUAGUAGUGCUGAAUGUCUUAUGAAUAAAAUUGUUUGCGCUCCCAACUGGAGUGAUGUUGCAAGUGAAGAACUGACCUUAAUGAAGUACUGUAAUGAUUUCUUUAGUUGUCGCAAAGAAAUGCUAAGCUGUGAAACGCACUGUAACAUCACAGUUGCUGAAAUGUACCCAAGUAUUUUACAAAUAUUUAAUAACACUAUUCAGCGUAACUGCGAAAGAGCUUUAACUAAAGCUGCAGCUGCAAUUGUAAUUAAUUACUACAGAAAUUUGAGGCAGAGAAAUAAGAACAGACAUGCUAUCAAAGAUCACCCAUACAUCAGCAGGCAAACUGCGUUGCAUAUGAGCAGUCUUUCAGAUUCAUCAUUUUCUUCCUCACGGCCUAAAAUAUUCAACAGCUGUCCUCCCAAUUACUUAAGUGCUGCAUUGCCGAAUGCACUGGAUUUUCAGUCUGGUACAGCCAAGAAAAAUAAAACAGAUUGUUGCUCUUCUUUUGAUUUACACUUUCCCAAAGAGCAUCUUGGCUGCAGUAAACCUAUAAGAAAAGUUCCAAAGACACAAUGCCACUUUCCUUUGAACAGUGCAACCAAUGGACCUAAAACCAUUAAAACAAAGUCAGCAGAUCCAUAUAAACAUUUUCAGGUUGAUUCAGCAUCUCUGCCUUCCAGCUAUUCCACACAAAGAUCUUCAUCUUUGUGGUCAUCUUAUUAUCCCAAUACCCAGAGAAGUCGAAAAGAAAUGUUGGAUGAAUUUCAUCAUCUUUAUCAGGGACUGGCUAAGCAGAAUCGCAAACAUUCAUGCCUGACUCCAGUUCAUUUGGAAUAUGAAGCACCACUACAAUCUGUGACUGUUAAUAAUUCAAAUCGCUUUUUGUCACCAUGUUUACCUGUUAAACGUAAAUUGAGAAAUGAGCCCAGUAUUGAAGAUAUGCUAUUUUCAUCUUCAGUGAAAAAAAUCAAAACUCUGCCCGGUAAUAGAUCCCCUCACUGUGUUCCAAAGUGCUCUUUUGGUGUUGAUGAUAUUUUGUUGCAGAAUGUUGUGAAUGAUGCUGAAGAAAUGCCUUUAACCAGAAGACGAUAUUCAAAAAACAUAUACUCAACGAAUGUGGCACUUAGAGCUUCUUGUUGUUCAGCUACUCCCAGCCAUCAUUCCAUGAAUUUUGAGAAGAUGGAGUUGCAUUAGGCACCUUAUUUCCUGCAUUUCGUGUGAUGUGAAAAGGGAAUAAGAAAGAUUGUGAAGACAAUUUCUGGGAAUCUUCUCUGGUUAAGAUAGUCAUACAUGUUACUGAGAUUGAUUUUGUGUCCCCACCCCCAUCCCCAAGACAGAUGCUGUAUGUUGCAUUUGUGGUUUUUGAACUUAACAUUUGUAAUCAUCUGUUAAUAAGUGUUUUCUUAAAAAUUAAAGCCAAUAUAGUGUGUGUAUACAUAUAUAUGUAUAUAAGCUGGUGGAGUUGAAAUUUGAUGGAAAAUAUUGGAUUCUUGUUUAAUAGUGUGGAAACUGAAGGGAAAACAGUAAGUUCUCCAGUAUUUUAUCCACUGUAUUUUUCUUUUUGAAGCUUAGACAGCCAACAUUUCUGUCCAAAUACUUAAUAGUGCAGAUUGUAUUCUAACAGUUUUUAGGGAAUUGUUUAAAAAUACAUAUGUACAGACUGUACAGCUAAGAUUUUUUUGAAUAUGUAAAUGUUCAUGUGUUUAGCUUUUGCUACAGUUUGCUGCUAUGUUCAUGGAUGCUUAAAUGUAGAAUUGUUAAAUUGUUUCUAAAUGUUUCGGCUGCUGUGUUCAUGGAUGUUAUUUUAAAGAAUGUGUUUUUAUGGUCUCACUGCAUUUCCUGUUGUCUAAAUAGUUUGAACAGGCCUGUUAUCUACACGCCAGUAACCAUUUUGUUAUGUUAUGGGGAAUCCUAUGCUAGAGAACUUUUUUUUCUUCUAAUGAGUGCAUCUCAUGUAGUUUAUUUUUAAACCUGUGGUUGUUAGUUAUUGAGAAUUUGUCUUUCAAGUUAUAUUGUAAUUCAAUGGAAAGUAGUAUAAGAACUGUUCUGUAUUGUUCCAUUUUAAUGAUGGCUCUUGCAUUAAAAGUUCAUUUGACCAAAA